GCCGAAAUGUCAGUGUCAAAACCAUUUCAAAGCUCUGAUAAACAUGGUCCUAUUGAUAGCUUAGUUCGUUUUAGAUGUAGCUGCCGCUGCCAGGCUUAUUUGGCGGUUCGAUUUGACUUUAUAGACUACCCGAAAAUGUUCUAGAUGAUGCCAUUCAACCAAAAUAUGACAAGGGUUUUGCUAGUUUGUAUAUCGUUUUGUUUUGUAACAGUAUUCCUUGUUCGACUUCUUCCUGUGAACUCCGAAGAAUGCGAUUGUCUUCGCGCUGAUGUCCAUGGAAGUCCUUUCUACAAGGACUCGUUUAAAGAUGACGGUAACGCCAUCCCUCGAAGCAAGGACGGACAUCGACUUGCGAUUCUGGUGCCAUUUCGAGAAAGAUUUGAGGAACUACUGCAGUUCGCGCCUCACAUGAAACGUUUUCUAGCCAGUCAAGAUGUCGACUAUAAAAUCUUCAUAUUGAAUCAAGUUGACCGAUAUCGUUUCAACCGCGCGUCGUUGAUAAACGUUGGCUUCCUCUUCGUGAAAUCGGACUUCGACUACAUUGCAAUGCAUGACGUGGACUUACUUCCCAUGAAUCCCAAUCUCAAGUACUCGUUCCCCAAGGAUGGACCUCUGCACAUCGCAUCACCCAAGCUCCACCCAAAGUACCAUUACGAUACCUUCGUUGGCGGUAUCCUGCUAGUUCGACGGGAGCACUACGAGAAAAUGGACGGAAUGUCGAACAAAUACUGGGGCUGGGGUCUCGAAGACGACGAGUUCUACGUGAGAAUUCGGGACGCGGGGCUGAAAGUCUCUCGACCGGAAAACAUUACAACCGGCCCCGAGAACACUUUCAGUCACAUUCACGAUCGGAAGCAUCGUAAACGGGACACUGAGAAGUGCUACAAUCAGAAGGAAGUGACAAGGAAGAGAGAUCGCGAGACUGGACUAAAAACGGUUAAAUACCGUAUUAGCGACGUACGGCAGCUGACGAUAGACGGUGCUGCGGUUACGGUUCUCAAUAUUCAUUUGGAAUGCGACCAUAAGUCCACUCCUUGGUGCGACUGUAGUGGCAGCAAGAAGUGAUCUAGAAUCGCAUGGUCUGCCGCUGUUUUAACUUUAAUGUACAUACAUCGAGCGAACGUUAUUAAAUAAAUUUUACGCUACUUUUAA